GAAAUUGCACUAGCAUGUUGUAGUGCUGCAAUAUUAUAUUAUAAAAGUACAAUUAUUUAUAAAAAUUCUAGACAUAAAACUAAUAGGUAAUUAAGUAUUAGGAUAGAGUAAGUUCCAUUUAACAGCUGUUUAUUCAUUUUAAAGUAACAUAAUAUUACAGAUAAUUCUUCGAAAAAAAUAAUGGAAUCUAUUGAUGAGAGUCUAUCCAUUUUCACAAAUACAUUUACUGAUCAUAUCCGAAAUGAAUUUGAAGUAGCAACUGUGCAAACAGCAAUUUCUACAGACCAAAUGAAGCUAACGGGCUUAGAAAAUACCCUGGGUAGAACUUGCUAAUAAGUGUUCAACAGAAUCUAAUAUUUUAGUCGGAAUUUCAGAUCUAGAAUCAUUAAAAAUUUCUGAGAGUAUGAGAUGUAACUCUUGUGACAUAGACCUAUCAAAUCGAGAUGAACAGGUGACUCAUUACAAAAGUGACUGGCAUCGCUGUAAUUUGAAAAGAAAAUUGAAAAAUUUAGAAAAGAUAAGCGAAGAAAAAUUUGACGUUGCUGAUGUUGGAGAUAUAUCGAGUAUUUCGGGAUCAGACAGCGAAAGUGAACUUGAAGAGAUUAUAGAUGAAAGUUCAGUACAAGAAAGUGACCAUAAAAUACGCCAUCCCAGACUUUUUCUCCGGAAUAAAGAGGGAAAGCUUUUUUCAAUUUUUCAUUGUAUUCUCUACAACAAAAAGGAUGAACCGGAGAAUGAAAACGAUUUACGAGAAAUAAUUAAAGGGUUGGCUAUAAAAACAAAAUGGUCAAUUUUCAUGUUAAGUGGUGGCCAUUUUGCGGGUGCAGUUUUUGAUAAGAAUGCUAUGAUUUUACACAAAACAUUUCAUCGAUAUGUUGUUCGCGCUAAGAGGGGUACUGUUCAGAGCCAACAUGAUAAAAAAGGGGGUCAUGCUAAGAGUGCCGGAGCUAACCUCAGACGCUACAACGAGGCUUCAUUAACUCAACAAAUUCAAAAUAUUCUUAAAGAAUGGUCUUGUGAUAUAGCUACUUCAUCCAGAAUAUUUAUUCGUUGUUCUAUGUCAUCUAGGAGUAUUCUCUUUAGCGGUAAAAGUCCAGUAUUAUUGAAGGAUGAUAAAAGAAUUACACAUAUGCCAUUCCCUACGAGAAGGCCAACUUUGAAGGAAGUUCAACGAGUUCAUGCUAAACUUAGCAACUGCUUAUUUUACAGCGACGAAUCUGUUCUUGUAAGAUCACCACCGCAAAAAGUAAAGAAAUCGCCCGUACGACGAGAAAAUAUUAAAAGUAACACUUCAAAGCGAAAAAAAAGGAGGAAUAGCAUAGAUUCUGAAGAGAUUGAGAAACAAGAAUCCUCAACUGAAGAUGAUGAAGAUGAUUGUAUUACAAAUUAUAACCUUACUGCUGCCAUGGAGACUUUUUCUACUGGUAAUUUGAAAGAGUAUGAGCACUCCUUUGGUAAUAAAAAAGAAGACGAGCUUAAAAAAUUACGUAAUGAAAUCUAUACAUACUGCAAAUAUGGAGAUGAGAGCAAGCUGAAAGACGCCUUAAAAGAUUCUAAAGUAACAAAGAAAUUUUUAAAUGAGCGAUUUGGUAGAGAAGACACAACAUUUCUUCAUACAGCAUGCAAAAAUAAAUUCGAAAAUAUCAUCGUCCUAUUACUUGAUGUUGGCUGUGAUCCUACAAUUCGAGAUAAAAGUGGUUCCUAUCCUUACGUGGUUGCCCAAGAUCGACAAACUAGAAACAUAUUAAGGAAAUAUAGAACAGCUAAUCCUACACAAUACGAUUAUGAAAAAGCCCAAGUGAGUUGUGUACUUAAUGUAUACUGUGUAACAAAUUGAUCCAUAUAUUUGACAGAUUCCUUUUGCACUCUCCGAAGAGCAUGAAAAUGAAAAGAAAGAAAAGGAGGCUGAAAAGCGAAAAGCGCAAAAGAAGGCUAAAAAAGAUAGACUGAAAGAAAAGAAAGCAAAGGAAGUAGAAAUCAAAAAAGAAGAGGAAGAGAGAAACAGAUAUUUAAAAUUGAGUGAUCGCGAAAAGCGGGCUCUGGCUGCUGAGAGGAGAUUUGCAACCCAGAUGACAUCAUCCUCGACCAGCUCUAUUCCGGUUUUAACCAGAUGUUUUCAAUGUGCAAUUGAUAUAACUGGCAAGGUGCCUUUUGAAUAUUUCGAUUUUAAAUUUUGUACACCAAAAUGCUUGAAAGAGCAUAAGUUAUCGAAUAAAAGUUGAUUUUCGUGCCUCAAUAAACACCUGGGAAGGAACUAGUUUUUUUUUGUAAAGAAAAUGUCUAGUCCUAGUGAAGCAGCUGUCGAAAAAAAGGAUGAUUCAUCCUAUGAAUCAUUCGAGUGAAUAAAUUACCCCAAAAGAUUAUUUAUGCUCGUUGUGUUUCUU